UCACUUCUUACUCUCGCUUGUUUAGUAACUUAACUUCUUUCUAUCAUGGAAAAAAAAAUAUUCCGGCGGUUAUUUAUUUAUUUAUGAAAUUAUUCUUUCGGUAGGCUGCUCCACUGGAUCUAGAUCUCGAGGUUUUUGGCUAAUGCAUUAUCAAAGUGGAACAGUUUAAUUCAACUAACAUGGAUGUUUGGAAAAAUGUGUGCAAGAUUUCUGCUGCAUUUUUUUUUGUCUCUUGCAGGCCGCGUUGUUGAACAUUUGCUCAUGCCAAGUGAAAUCAGUCUUUCUAGCAAAUCUCUUCUCUAGAGACCUUAUAGAAAAACAUGAGUGACUCGCUGUGGUCCCAACAAGAACCGUUAAUAUUUUUAUAAAAAACUAAUAAUAUAUCCAUCCAGCCAUCCAUUUUCUGAGCCGCUUAUCCACAAAUGGGUCGCGGGCGUGCUGGAGCCUAUCCCAGCUAUCUUUGGUCAAACAAACAUCCGCACUCACAUUCACACCUAUGGGCAAUUUAGAGUCUUCAAUAAACCUACGAUGCUUGUUUUGGGGAUGUGGGAGGAAACUGGAGGACCAGGAGAAAACCCACACAGGCACAGGGAGAACAUGCAAACCUCACACAGGCGGGGCCGGGAUUUGAAUCGCGGUCCUCAAAACUGUGAGGCAGAUGCUCUAACCAGUCGGUCACCGUGCCGUCUAAUAAUAUAACUUUCAGAAAUUAUCGACAUUAACUUGCCUUUUAAUAGUUCAUUACUGAUAUUGACACGUUUUUAUGCACUUUAUUAUAUUAGGAACAUAAAUGUGAUUUCCCCGAAACAUAUAUUGUAUCAACAAUUAUUGUACUGUCAAAAGCAGUUUUUUGUUAGUGGAGUGGGACACAUUGCAUCCCCCAAACCGUUUAUGAAUAGUAUCCGAUCUGGCAACUUAGUUUUCCCUUAUUGAGAAAGUUUGUCUGUACGGCUCCUACAACAAUCGUACACAACAUCAAUAUCACAGCGGGAAAUUUAACGCUAACAAACCAUGUGUGUCCUCCAGGCGUCAGUGAUAAAUGUUUUCGUCCCGAGCAACAGGAGCGUCCUCAAAUUGAAGAGGGAGAGGAGCCAAAGCCCUGUCACGUUAAACAGGAAGAAGAGGAGUAUGAUGUUACCAAGUUGCCUUUAAUGGUGGACUCUUUGAAGACGAUGAUAACGGUUACAAGCCACCAAGCAGCAACUCAAGUCAAGACAUGACAACGGAAAGUGAUGGAGACCACUCCACAGGCUCUCAAGCAGAUAGCCUCUUCACUUCAGUAUCAGAUGACGACAACACGUCGUCACGUUCAUCUGACACUGACACCGAUAAUGAUGAGCGCUCGACAGGUGCAGGCCACACUGACAGCAAACGCUGGCAAUGUUCUCAGUGUGGAAAAACUUUAGUCUUAGUCUCUUUUGAAAAACCACAUGAGAAUCCACAAUGGCGUAAAACCUUAUGACUGCUCACUUUGUGAUAAAAGAUUCUCUCGAGAUGGUUUCAGCAGCACGAGCCAACACAUAAUGACAGAAAGUGAUGAAGACCCCUGUCGAGGAUCACUAGUUGACUGCCUUUUAGCGCCACUAUCAAAUAGUGACGAAAUCACGUCCCACUCUUCUGACACUGACAGUGAUUAUGAUGAACUUUCUGUAGGUGAUAUGAUGUAUCACACUAACAACAAAUGCUGGGAAUGUUCUCAGUGUAGAAAAACGUUUGUCAUGCUGUCUCUUUUGAAAAAACACAUGAGUAGCCACAAUGGAGAGAAACGUUUUGUCUGCGCAGUUUGCGGUGAAAGAUUCUCGAGAGAUAGUUUCGACCUACGUCAUUGUUUCCAUAAUGAAAAUGUUUAUCCUACCAUAUUGCCGGUCAUCAACAUGGCAGCUUGCAACACGGACGCAAAUGAAAAGCAAGAUGAUCUUUCAUUUUCAUGCAUUCUUUCAAAUAUGGAUCACGCGGGCAAGAAGAAGUAUCGAGAAAAACUUGACCAGGCUGGUAUUUGUGUUCCGUACACCUUGGCAGGUUUUCUUUUUCUCACUCUUUGAACACUGUCGAGUCGGCAACCUCCCCAACCUGCAUUACUUCGACAUUGUGAACUAUCUCGUGCGUACAACCGCGAAGUAUACUCAUGAGGAUUUCCGAGUGUACAGGAGCCUUGACGCGUAUAAGUAUUUUGUGGGCGGAUAUGUGCAUGGGACCGGUGUAUGGGAAAUACCCGGAAAAGACCGAUUUCUCAUCAUGUCAAAGGUAAGAAUCUUUCAAGAAAGAAAUAUUCGCCAGUUAAUUCAUUUUCACAACACCUAUCAUAAAUGUACAAUAUUCAUUAAUUUUCAGGUGACACACGGCCAGUUUCUAAAUCAGCCACCACUGCAGGUGUGGGUUGUGAUACAGAAAGAGGGCAUUGUGCAGUCUUGUCACUGCACCUGCAUGACAGAGCUGUCUGAGUGCUGUUCCCAUGCUGCCGCCACCAUGUUCGCUGUGGAGACCGCCGCGAGGCUGGCGUCCACCUGCACCAAUGUGAGACUGAGGCGGACCCAAGUUACUUCCAGGAAGGUGCUGGAUUCAGAGGUGGCUGAUGUCAGUCAGACAAAUCCCAAGAGGAUGAUGGCGGAAGAAAGUGAGACUGACGAAGUGUUUAAAGAAGUCCCCAGCCCUACAAAUCCAGAGACGUCCGCCUUUUCUCAAAGCUUGUCAGAGUCGGCUGUGAGCUGUUACGUGCUGAGUGUGUUGCCAGACUACGACAAGAUGUCCACUCUACGAUCAGUGUCGAGAAAUCUACCUCCCCCUCUCACAAGUCUGCAUCAACCUCAGUAUGAGCAGAUAAGUGAGGAGGAUCUGCGGAAAGUAGCAGAUGAAGUAUUCAGAAAUAUGAAGAUUUCUGAAGAACAGGUAACUACUAUUGAAGAAGUGACAAGGAAGCAGUCCAAGCGGUCUGCAUGGUACCAGCAACGUGCAGGACGGGUGACUGCCUCCAACGUCAAAGCGCUGAUGCACACCAGCAUCCUGGAACCUUCCCGAUCACUCAUCCACAGGAUCUGCUACCCGGGAAGCUGGGAACUCCGUACAGAGGAAAAGGAUACUCGGUGGGGAUGUCAGCAUGAAAAAAGUGCCAUGAAGCUAUACUCUUCCAUCCAAGCUACAUCCCAUACGGACUUCAGAACUAGCGAGUGUGGAUUUAUUGUGUGGAAAGAAAAGCCACACAUGGGAGCCUCACCUGACGCUAUUGUAAGCUGUAAAUGUUGUGGGUUUGGUUGUUUAGAGAUCAAAUGUUCUCGCUGUCGAAACCCAAAAAGCCUGACCGCAGUUGAACAUGAUCAUCCUUACCGCCUUUGUAGUGAUGACCUGGGUAAUAUUUCUUUAAAACGAGACAGUGCCUAUUACUUCCAGGUGCAAGCACAGAUUAGAAUUACACAAAGUAAUUACUGUGAUUUUGUAGUGAUCCAUGAGGACACGAUAUCAGUUCAGCGGAUAAAAUCUGAUAAAGAUUUUUUUAACGCCGUAGCUGAUACAGUUAAUAUCUUGUACCGCCAUUUAAUUCUGCCAGAGUUGUUGGGUAAAUUGUAUUCUAGAAGUAGCGUAACAGGUGCAAUAUCAAAUUCUGUGUCGUCAGAUGAUGGAAAUGAAACGUGGUGUUAGGAAAGAAGCUGACAGCACAAUGGUUAGUUGUUUGGGACUACAGGGCACACAAUCAGACAGUUUCACAAGGCAUACAUAGGAUUGACAAGGGUGCCAAAACUGGUCAUGUAUGGAUUGCAAAAAGAGUAAAGCGAAAUAAAAUGCCUGUGGAAAUACACACAACAGCACAACGUCUGUGGCACUUUUUAUUUUUUUUAUUGUCCGCUUCUUAAAACUUUCCCACAGCUGCUACACUUGGUUUUUCUGGUGACCGGAUGAAGGAAGGGGCUGAGAAUGUAGUCCGGCGACAGAGGGUGGUCACGACAAAUUUAAAACACUUAAAUUAUGAUACAUAACUGAAAACUAAUACACGCCUGAGGUUUUUAACUAAUUCUAACUAUUGAUAUACAGUGAUCCCUCGUUUUUCACGGUUAAUGGGGAGCAGAAUCCCCCGCGAAAGGUGAAAAACCGCGAAGUAGGAUUUGUAAAGUGGCGAGGGUACACUGGAGCUGACAGACCGCCGUAAUCCACUUACUGUCGUUUAGGGUCCAUAGGCAAAAGCAUGAUAUUCAAAGGAUGUAUAAGUGUAAAAAAAAACAAAAAAAAAAUUUGUUUGUUUCUUUAAAAAGUGAUGCAGUACUGCCUCCCUUCUUAGCCCCCUCUUGUAGAGAAAAAAAACCCCAUUGGUGGGCAGGCCUCUGUAAGAACAAGUGGUGCAUCAGAGCCAAGCCAUGUCUAUGGUAGUAAAAUAAUGUCCACUAUAUUGUCAACCAGGUAAUUUAUAAUGAAAGUUUUGUUUUGAAGGGAGCGCACAUUCAACACAGCCAGAUUGUUCAUGCCCGAUGUGCGCUCAUCAGAACCCGAUUUUAUGGGAACAUGUAGGAGGCUGGUAUGCCUCCUAGGAUUCAAAAUAUUCAUUUUUGAAGGCCUGAUGACUUUAUUUGGAAUAGCUUGGGGGUAAGAUGAGUACCUUCAUCUGGAUAGACUUUCCAUUUUGGUUAAAUAGAUUUGGCCUCAAAUCAAAUUGAGACUUACAAUUUGUUAUAUUUUAUUUUGACUGAACCUGCUUCUAAUCCUUAAAAUGUAAGAUGGACUCAAAGCCGUGUCACGUCUUGUUCACUGUCUUAUAUGUGAGGAUGGCGACCCCAAUUGGACAACAACAUCUGCACCUCAUACAGCAUGUUAGUGUUUGUGUUAUUGUAUGUAAAUAUAUAUAAUAUACUGUACAGUUCAUGAGAAUUACAUUUACAGAUGGAACCUUUGACCAUAAGGGUAAUUACUCAA